UUAAAUCCAAACUGUUUACCGACACAAAGUGGGCAGCACCCACACACACACACGCACACACACUCACACACACACAGGGAGACGGCUCAGAGCAGGACUGGAGAUCCGGUGUCCCAACAACCCUUCAGUUGUGACUGAACGAAGUGGAUCAGCGUGGGACGUGUCCUCUCCAAAGUGCGCGUGGAGCAUCACGGAGCAACGGGGAGGCUCGCGACCAUUCAGGUUCAUUUCUUUAUUUUUGUAGAAUCCGCUGGUCUUUGGUGGACUCUGAGUGGAAUGUUAGACCCUGGUCCUGUUUCCAGUCCUCUGAGCUCCGGGUGACUCCCGGGACUCUCCAAACCUCCAGCGGGACUCCGUUCCUUCUUCUGGUCUUCUCAACCCUCGCGCCUCCUCCCGGUCUCUCCAGACCUGCAGCCGGUCUUAUGAGCGCAGCCUUCGGUCCGUCCUUCAUGGUGAUGCAGCGGCCGCUCGGAACCAGCACCGCCUUCAGCAUCGACUCCCUGAUCGGACCACCACAGCCCAGUCCGGGACACUUCGUCUACACCGGAUACCCCAUGUUCAUGCCGUACCGAUCCGUGGUGCUCCAGCCUCCCCCUCCGCACCCCCCGGGGCUGCAGCAGGCACUCCCGGCCGGACACCCCACACACCCGCAGAUCCCGAGCCUGCAGAGCGGGUUCUGUUCCGGUCUGACCCAGAGCCUGACCCAGGGCAUGGCGCUCACCUCCACCCUUAUGGCCUCGCUACCUGGCGGGUUCUCUGGAUCCCAGCAGCACCAAGACGCAGUCCGGAAGUUCGGUUCUCAGGCGCUUCAUGCGGUCUUCGAUAAAAGUCAGGACCGGUUCGAAGCAGAAGACGGAAAAAACUUCCUACCGGGAAAAGAGUCCGCGCUUCCGGCCUUCCACGACACGGACACACCUGUCCAAACGUCCACAGGCCGAGCUCCCGGUAAGGACUCCCCCCGGGAGGAGGACGGAGGCCGGAGGGACGAGACCUACCUGGACAGUGACCUGGACUACAGUUCUGACGACAACCUGACGUCCGCGUGCCACAAGGAGGACGGGGACGUCGGCGGCGCGCUGGAGGACGGGCCGCUCGUGCACGGCUCCUCCGGGGGCGGCGGGUCAGCGGCGGGCCGCGGUCAGUUGAGCGGCGGAGGGAAGAACCGGCGGCGGCGGACGGCGUUCACCAGCGAGCAGCUGCUGGAGCUGGAGAAGGAGUUCCACUGUAAGAAGUACCUGUCCCUCACCGAGAGGUCCCAGAUCGCGCACGCGCUCAAACUCAGCGAGGUGCAGGUCAAGAUCUGGUUCCAGAACCGGCGCGCCAAGUGGAAACGGGUCAAGGCCGGUAACGUCAACAACAAGUCCGGGGAACCGAGCCGGAAUCCCAAAAUAGUGGUUCCGAUUCCGGUGCACGUGAGCCGCUUCGCGAUCCGGAGUCAGCACCAGCAGAUGGAGCAGGCCCGGCCCUAGGCCCGGUCCAGUUCGGGUCUCAGGGAGACCGCCUCUAGGUUCUAGCUUCAUUCCUAAGGUAGUGGACGACAUGAAGCCUCUGAAACGGAACCAGAACCUACGGACAGGAACCACUAAUCGAACCGGACCGAUUUAAACUGAUCCGAAGUCCAGAAACGAACCGAACCGUUCUGUUUAUUUACAAGUUUUAACUUUUAUUGUGCGGGUUUUAAACCACCAUCCUGGAGGAGUUGUAAACCCCGAACCGGACCAGAACUCAUGUGUUUGUUGUUUGGACUCAAUCAGCUGAUUAUUUAUAAACUUCUGAGCUGAUUAAAGACGUCAUCUGAU